AUGUCUGGCGGCUGGGAUACCAUGAACGAUACCUCCAACAAUGAUGACGCUUGGGGGAGCACCGUUACUUCCAAUAACAAAGAUGCUUGGGGGAGUACCGCUACUUCCAAUAACAAAGAUGCUCGGGGAAGUAGUAAACCCGCUGACGGCCCCAUAGUUGGUUCACGCAGCGGCUCAGGCAUUACCCAGGCUGCUGCUGGAUCUUCUGGUAGUAUCUCUGAUAUUGAGCUUAAGGUUGAUUCAAUCUCUCUUUCUGACCCUGUCUUGCCACCUGGUGAUGGGGUCGAAGGUCCAGUUGUUGAUGGCUGGGUUGAGCGUAAACCUUACGAUUAUGAGACUUACGCAACUCCUGAUCGUGACCCAGAGGCCCCUCGAGGAGAACCAACUGGUCAAUGGGCCGCUUCUGGCCGUCGUUAUGAAUGGAAAGAGGAAUAUGGAGAUGUUGCUCCAAGGGAUGAGGCGCUGGAGUUGAUGCUUUUUGGGGAAGUCGAAGACACCCCACAAACUACUAGUAGCGGUAUCCAAUUUGAAAGGCUUUUUCAACUGAAUGUCUCUACUGAGGGUAACGAGCAGCUUGUUCCUAUCUCAUCUUUCGAUGGGGCUAAACUUCAUCCAGUGAUGUUGGAAAACAUCAGACUGGCAGGGUAUAAAGUACCCACUCCUAUUCAGAGAUACUGUAUUCCAGCUAUUCUUGAAGGGCAUGAUAUUCUUUCUUGUGCACAAACUGGUUCUGGAAAAACUGCUGCAUUUCUGAUUCCUAUCUUGUCAAAGUUGAUGGGCAAGGCAAAGCGCAUUGCUGCUGCUCGUCCAUACGAUGGGCAGCGUGGCUACGUCGCUGAACCUCUCGUUCUUAUCGUUGCCCCAACACGUGAACUAGCAACUCAGAUUUUUGACGAGUGUCGUCGCUUCUGUUAUCGAAGCAUGCUGAGACCCUGCGUCAUAUAUGGAGGAGCGGACGCAAUUACUCAGAAGAUGGAACUCGAAAGGGGUUGUGAUAUCCUUGUGGCUACUCCUGGCCGUCUAACCGAUUUUUUGGAGCGUGGCAAGAUUUUGACACUAAAGCGCCUUAAGUUUGUGGUGAUUGACGAGGCAGAUGAGAUGUUGGACAUGGGUUUUGAACCGCAGAUUCGCAAGAUCCUUCAAGGCACAGAUGCAAAUGAAGAUGAUGACCAGCAAGUACUUAUGUUCAGUGCCACAUUUCAAAAGCCAAUCCGUAAGCUUGCAAAGGAUUUCCUGGCAGAUGCCUAUGUCCAGAUAAAGGUUGGACGUGUUGGUAGUACUCACGGAAACAUCACCCAAAGGGUGCUUUGGGUUGAUGAAAAUAAGAAAAAGGAGGCCGUCUAUGACCUCUUGUGUACUGCCCCGCCUGCUCGUACCUUAAUCUUCGUUAAUCAUAAACGUACUGCCGAUUCUUUGGAUGACUAUUUGUACAACCUUAACCUUCCAACAACAUCAAUCCAUGGUGACCGUACUCAGCGUGAACGUGAGGAUGCUCUGCUUUCUUUCCGUUCCGGGAAAUGUCCUAUCAUGAUUGCCACUGGAGUAGCUGCUCGUGGACUCGAUAUUAAGGGUGUGAUGCAUGUUAUCAACUAUGAUCUUGUGCAAAAUAUUGACGAAUAUAUCCAUCGCAUCGGUCGUACUGCUCGCAUCGGAAAUGCGGGAAUCGCUACUUCCUUCUUCAACGAUCGUAAUCCUGAAAUCGCACCAGAUCUCGUUAAGGUUCUCCUGGAAUCGGAACAGAUAGUUCCAUCCUUUCUCGACGAGUACCGUCCGGCUGGUGGCGAGGUCAACUUUGAUGAAGAACCAGAUACCGACGAAGAGGAAUUGGCCGCGGGUACAGAAGUCGCAGAGGAUACUGUCGGAAAUGAUGAAUGGGGGAAACCUGGCAAAGGCAGCGGUGCAGGUUGGGGUGAGGGCGCAGGUGGUGAUGCUACCGUUGAUGAUGGCUGGAACUAA